CGUUUGCUUGGCAGUCGGGUGUUGUUGCUCGCGGUAAGCGCAUGUGUUGUAUGGCUGUGUUAAGGUCAAAGUCGGUGCCUUUAUCGUCAUCGUUGUUCCGUCAUAAACAUUCAAAAUUUAUUAAAUCGGUGUCAAAAGUCAUGUUAGGGCUAAAGUUAUAGCAUUUCCACACGUCUUUGUUCAAUACUUUACGAGCGUCUUGCCUGUGGCAAAUUCUAAAGAUUUCACAACUAUUGACAAGACAUCAUAGAGUUGUGGUCUACAACAUUUACAAUCCUUCGAACAUUACGCCACAACUGCUCUUCCAAAUAAGUCAACAAAAAACCAAACAAGUGUGCCAUAAAUGUUUCGACGUAUCCUUUCAUACAGCAUCAUUGGCGCUGGCGUCAUCAGUACUGGUCUCAGUCUACACACCAACGACUAUGAUGUCAAUUCCUUGGGUAUUGUGCGUCUCGGUCGUUCAGCAAUUACCGUUUUCGAUGUGGCACUCACUUACAAACGCGAACUGUAUUAUCGUGAAUGGGACAAAACCUCGCCCGAGUACAAAGCGGAAAAAAGUCGUGUACAUAAAAUAGCUGCCCAAAAGCUGCUAGACCUCAUCUGUAUUAAUAAGGGGGUUUACAUAAAAACUGGUCAACAUGUUGGUGCGUUGGAUUAUUUACUCCCCAAAGAAUUUGUACAAACAAUGAAAAUACUCCACUCAAAUGCGCCACAAAAUCCCGUUGAAGAUCUAUACAAAGUCAUCCGUCAAGAUUUGAAACGAAACCCAGACGAAAUUUUCGAGUCAUUUGAACCAAACCCACUUGGCACGGCUUCGCUUGCCCAAGUACAUAAGGCCACACUAAAGACUGGCGAGGUAGUCGCUGUCAAAGUACAGCAUCCGUAUGUGAAGGGAAAUUCUCGAGUCGAUAUCAAGACGAUGGAAGUGUUGGUGAAAAUUAUGGAACGCAUUUUUCCCGACUUCAAAAUACAAUGGCUAGUUGAUGAAAGCAAGAAGAAUUUACCCGUCGAACUUGAUUUUCUCAAUGAGGGCAAAAAUGCAGAGAAAGUAGCAAAACAAUUUCAGAAAUAUGCAUGGUUACGUGUGCCAAAAAUCUAUUGGGAACUUAGCUCACCGCGUAUAUUAGUUAUGGAGUACCUUGAAGGUGGACAGGUGAACGAUCUCGAUUACAUUAAGAAACACAAAAUCGAUCCAUUUACUGUGUCGAACAAAAUUGGUCAACUGUAUUCGGAAAUGAUAUUCACGACUGGUUUCGUGCACAGUGAUCCACAUCCAGGAAACAUACUUGUGCAUAAGAGUCCAAAGGGUGAAGUAGAAAUCAUAUUAUUGGAUCAUGGUCUGUACGCGAAUCUGACUGAUAAAUUCCGGUAUGAGUACUCAAAGCUUUGGCUCAGUAUAUUAAAUGUUGAUCGCCAGGCGAUGCGUGUGCAUAGUCAGAAUUUGGGCAUUAAAGGUGAUUUGUAUGGAUUAUUUGCGUGCAUGGUAACGGGGAGGCCCUGGGAGACACUUAUCCAAGGCAUUAACAGAGUCAAGUACACCAAAGAAGAGAAAACUACGCUACAAGACAACACCUCGCUCGUACUACCGCACAUAGCGGAUGUGUUGGCUCAAGUUGAUCGUCAGAUGUUGCUCAUACUUAAGACUAACGAUCUUAUCCGAGGCAUUGAGGCUACGCUACGUACACAAAAUCGCAUGACUGCCUUCUGGGUUAUGUCUAAAUGUUGUGUACAUUCGACCUUCAACGAGCAAAAAUCACUCAAAUCAACACGCUGGAGAGCUCUGAGGCUAUUGAUACGUGAGAAAUGGGAAAUAUUCAAAUUGAAUAUUUUUUAUGUGUACUUGGGGUUUAUUAACUUUGGUUUCUUCGCGGCGUUGAAACAACUUUUAUAGAAUUAAAAAUGCCUAAAAGAAAAUUUUAUUUUAUUUAUUCUAAUUAUUUGGAAAGUUAAUAAUUAAGUAAGUUUUUGUUUGUUUGUGUGUACAUAUGUAGUUAUUUUGAAAAUUUAUUUUUGUAAUUAUAAAAAAAUGGCCACCUUUUAAUUAUAUAAAGUGACUAGAGGACAAAUGAACUGCAGCGUACAAAAUUAUUUUUUUAAGUGAAGAAAGUAAGAAACAAUACAAAUCCAGCGAGCAAACUAUUGAAAUGAAUUAAUUAUUAAAUGCGUUAAUUUAACUAUUAAAAUUU